UCAAGUUGUGUGGGUUGCCUAAACAAAUUUUGAUUUUGAUAUUUUUCUUUGCACGGCAUUCACCGGUUUUUUAGUUUGUUUCAAUGAAAAUUAUCAUUUUUAUGCGAUAAAAUGGAAAACGAAUUUGCUCACAUUGCUAACACUGUGAAAAUAGCAGCAAAUUUCUACGACAUUUGUAGGUUAUGUCUAAAUCAAGGAAGGCUUGAACCACUUACAAAUAUAAGUUUCCCUCUUUUAAGUUUUCUGCAGGUACAGUUAAACCACACGUUACCAAAAAAUGUUUGCGAACAUUGUUUGCAAGAAAUGUUUAACUUCACAUCUUUCAUUGAAAAAUGCAAACAUUCCCAAAAUAUUUUAAAGCAGCUUGAAAUUGGAUGUGAGAAAAUAAAAAUACUAAUACUGGUAGACAAGAAAAAUCAUGAAAUUAAAAAUGUGAAGUCUGAACUUGAACCUGAACCUAUUAUUGUCAACGAUAGCGAAGACGAAUCUGAAACGAGCAGAAAUGAGCCUAGUAAACCUGACUCAAAGAAAUUAAUUGAUCAUUAUAAAGCCAACGAAAACUCUUCUCCAACGAACAAAAAAAAUGAUGAAAUUGAAACUGUGGAUUCUAAAGUUAAACUUGAACAGUUUGUUAACGAUAGCAAAGAUGAAUUUGAAACGAUCAGAAAUGAACCUAGUAAACCUGCCUCAAAGAAAUUAAAAACUUGUGCCAAAUGUGGCGAAACUGUUACUAAAAUGAUUGAUCAUUAUAAAGCCAACAAAAACUGUCGUCCAACGAAGAAGAUAAGUGAUGAAAAUGUCAAUUCUAAACCUGAACCUGAACCUGGACGUAUUGUUAACGAUAGCAUAGACGAAUCUGAGACGAGGAGAAAUGAACCUAGUAAACCUGACUCAAAAAAAAUAAAAAUUUGUCCCAAAUGUGGUGACACUAUUACUAAAAUGAUGGAUCAUUAUAAAACCAGCAGAGCCUGUCGUCCAAGGAAUUUUAAGUGUGCAGAAUGUAAUAUAAGUUUUAAAUCGACAUAUUACUUGAAGAGUCACCAUCUUGCGCUGCAUGAGAAAUUUCUUAAAUACAUGUGUCAUAUUUGUUCUAAAAUGUUUAAAUUUGAGACGAAUUUAAAAAGACAUCUUACUGUACAUAAACUCGGGAAAAUGUUUAUGUGCGAAUAUUGUGGAAAAGGGUACACUACAAAAGUUCAACUCGAUGAUCACAUAAAUUCGCACACUGGGAAUAAACCAUAUACGUGUUCUUUCUGUGGUAAAAGAUUCGAGUCACGUAGUAGUUUGUUGGAACAUGAACGUAACCACCAAAAUCAAACGCGAAGAAAAAAGAGCAGUAUUAAGAAAAAUGUUGAAGAUGAYGUUAAAUGUGAUAAAUGCGAAAGAAGCUUUGAGAGCCAACGAUCUUUGCACAUGCAUUGUUGUCUAGUUCACUACUACCCUAGAAAGACAAGCACUUGUGUUCAAUGUGAUAAAACAUUUACAUCUCCAGCCUAUUUAGAGAUUCACAUGCGGUCGCAUACAGGAGAACGCCCUUAUUCAUGUACUGUAUGUUCUAAAACUUUUAUUCAAAAAUCGCAUUUGAUGUAUCAUAAUCUUCUUCAUGAGGGAAUCAAGUCAUUUCAAUGCAACGUGUGUGCAAAACWGUUUACAUUGAAGGGCAAUUUAACUGUUCAUAUGAGGCUUCAUACCGGAGAAAGACCCUAUCCCUGUCAUAUGUGUGAAAAAAGAUUUUGUGAUUCCAGCAGACGGAAAAGACACAUAAUUGCCGCACAUGGAGAAAAUCAGCUUAAGUUUAUCAAUAAAGAAGUUGAUAUUGAUUCUUGAAAACGAAUAAAGUUUUUUAUUUUUUAA